AUGCCAUUGAACAAGCUGAAAACUAGGUCAGCAGCCGUACCUGGCGAACCGUCAUCAGCAACAAACGCCUCAAGUCGAAGUUUGGUGGAUACCGAUGAUAUUGAUGAGAAUGACGAGUCUGGUCAGAGCAUCUUGCUUGGGAUUAUAUCACAAUUGAAGCCGGGGUGUGACCUCUCAAGAAUUACUCUGCCUACCUUCAUUCUCGAAAAGAAGUCAAUGCUCGAAAGGAUCACAAAUCAGCUCCAAUUUCCGGAUAUUUUGCUGGAAGCCCAUCAAGAGAAAGAUGAUUUGAUGAGGUUUGUGGGGGUAGUGAAAUGGUAUCUGUCGGGUUGGCAUAUUGCACCCAAAGCAGUCAAGAAGCCCUUAAACCCUGUGCUAGGUGAACAUUUUACUUGCUAUUGGGAUCUCCCUAAUAAACAACAGGCCUUUUACUUUUCAGAGCAAACGAGCCACCACCCACCUAAGUCUUCUUACUUUUACAUGAUACCCGAGUCUAACAUAAGGGUCGACGGGACAACUGUCCCAAAAUCGAAAUUUUUGGGCAAUUCCACUGCGGCAAUGAUGGAAGGCUUGACGGUUUUACAAUUCCUUGACAUUCAGGAUUCUGAGGGCCACCCUGAAAAGUUUACGCUAACCCAGCCAAAUAUGUAUGCUAGAGGUAUUCUUUUUGGUAAGAUGAGGAUCGAGCUCGGGGAUCAUAUGGUGAUAAAGUCGUCACAACACAAAGUUGACAUUGAGUUCAAGACGAAAGGUUUUAUUUCUGGAACCUACGAUGCCAUAGAAGGCACCAUAAAGGAUCAAGCUGGGAACGAGUAUUUUGAGAUUAGUGGUAAAUGGAAUGACAUAAUCUAUAUCAGGGAUCUACAGAAGAAGACCCCCAAAACAGUCUUAUUCGAUGCUAGCAAAGCAGCGCCGUUGAAGCCUUUGGUCCGGCCGCUCGAAGAGCAGGGAAACUUUGAAUCCAGAAAACUUUGGAAAAAGGUAACUGACGCACUAGCAGCGCGCGAUCAUGCUACAGCUACAGAAGAGAAGUUUAAAAUUGAAGACUACCAGCGCACACUUGCUAAGAAGAGAGCUGAAAGUGGCUCACCAUUUCUGCCCAAGCUGUUCAGGCCGGCUAGUCGUCAAAGCGACGACCUUGAGUUUUACAUUUAUAAGGAUAUCCCAGAGGGCGGUUCCCACGAAGACCAGAUUAGAAGUAUUCUGGAAAUAGCUCCAGUCUUACCGGGUCAAAAAUUCACUGAGAAGUUUGAGGUUCCGGGCCAACAAAAGCACAAAGUGCAAAAGCAAAAUUCAACUUGA